GCCAAUAAAUAAUAAAAGUAGAAUAAAAAUGAUGUUCGAGUUUUAGGUUAUUUAUCUAAUAAUCUAAUUUUUGAGAAAAAAAAUGUUGAAAUUAUAUCAACGAAUAUUAAUACAGCCGAAUAAUGGAAUUGCUAGAAUAUCUUGCCUUACCAGACAUAAUACAUUCGCAUCGUCAACUGUUGCCGAAGUUAAAAAUUCCAACUCUGAAAAUUUUCCGGAAAAAGAAAAUAGUUCUGCCGUUACUCAGCGGAGUACCCCGAAGAAUCGUAAUAACAUAGUAAAAGUUGCAUUUGCCUCGAUAAACCUUGCAAACACCAGUAUUGGAAUUGACACUCCCAUUAUAGAUAAAAAAAUAAAAUCAGCUACUUCAGUUGAUGAACUUCUUUCACUCUCCCAAGGAACAGGUGUGUCAAGACAUCAUGCCCUCAAGGUUGUGUCUGUUUUAUCAAAUUGGACGUCAACUGGUCAAAUUCAAUUGCGAGAUUUUGAGACAGACCCCAGGUUUCUAAGAUUAUGUAAAAUAUUAACAAAGAAUUCUAUAAUAAGUAGAAGUACUAAAAAUUUAGAUACUGAUGCAAGUGAAGAUUUGUCAACAAUUUUAAAUAUUACGGCAGAUGAAGAGGCUGCUAAAAUUGUGGCCAGCAUAACAAUACCCCAAAUGAUAAAGGUUUUAUCAACUCUGUCUGCCAGGAGACGUAGAUCGCCAUUGUUACUUAGAACUAUUGCUUAUAAUGUUACGGCAAGCCAGGAUAUUCUUAAUAUCAAACAAUGUGCCGAUUUAUUUUAUAGCAUAUCAGUUUUAAAUUAUUAUGAUGAAAACUUAUUUGAAAGAGUUGGCUCUAAUAUAAUCACAGCCCUUCAAGAACAAAUUAGUAAAAGUGCAGUGGUUGGUUCAAUUCUAACCAGUAUUGGUUUGUUGAAAUAUAAAUCGCCAGCCUUACUUGAUGCAAUCAGUGAAUGGGUGGUAAAUAACCAAAGUUCCUGCAGGCCACAGGAUAUGUUUAGUUUGUUUAUGACCUUAGGUGUUCUGAAUUACACUCCUUCUAAUCAUGAAGCUUUAUUUAAGCUCCUUAUUCCACAACUUACCCAAGAAGAAGCUGGUAAACCAUUGAUUUGGUUGGACAUUGUUUGGUCCUUGGUUCUUUUAAACAAAGCUAAUAAGGAACAUUUCCAAUCUGUGUUAAGUGAAGAAUUUAUAAGUAAACUUGGAGAAUUAUCCACUUCUGUAAAAUUAAAGUUGUUAAAUAUAGACGGAGCAGCGCAUUAUCUAGUAGAUAAUUAUAAUGGUCCAAAAAUUCCUCCAAAACAUGAAAUUCGAAGUACAACAUUGGUGUCAUCCAAGGAAAAAUCUAAUAUGAUCAAUUCAGUUGUGGAAACAUUGAAAAAUUUAAUUUCAGAAAACAACCUAAGAAGCAGAGUUAACACAGGUUUGGGAUUCUAUAUAGAUGCAGAAUGUUUAUUAGAUAGUACAUGUAAUCCACAACCAUUAACAUCAAACCCUAUUUCGGAAUUCUCCAAGAUUGCAGUUUUAGCUUAUGAUUACCACGAUAUGACUAAAGGAAAAGUUGAACCUACAGGCAUAAAUGUAUUUUCACAAAGGUUAUUAAAUGUGAUGGGAUACAAAGUUAUUAUUAUACCGUAUACGGAAUUUAAAGUUGGAGAUAAAAUUGUUAACCGAGUUAAGUAUAUAGAAAAGAAAUUAAAGGAUGCAGUGAAGUCAUCAUAGCUUAUAUAAUUAAUUUUAUAUAUGUUGUUAAUUUAUUUAAAUAUUGUAUAUUAAAAUAAAUUGUAUACAGUGUGU